AGAAUCGUAGAUGGCAAUGCGAACCUCUUCACCCUUCUACCUAUGCACUAUUCGCAGAAAUGGUAAAAGUACAUCUGUGGUAUAUUCGUAAUAAAAAAACACUGUAUUAACCAAUAAAGUUCAAUGAUAAUACUAAAAAAAUAGUAAAAUUUCUGAUAAUUUAUAAUUGGCUAUCUGGUCAAGGGGAGUGGAGUGGUAGCAGCAGAUUUCAGCACAUCUUAUAUAGUAUCGGUUCUGGCGGGAGGUCUGGGUUUCAUAUUAUGAAAGGCUGUGCUGCAAAAUAAGAGAAAUGGAUCAAAAACAAACAGAAAUAUUGCGUGAAGAAAAACUAGAGGAAGACAGUUCCUUUCCUUAUAUUUGUCGAACUUGUUUGGCCAAUAUCGAAAUUGGUGAAACUUUUAUGUUCAUCAACGACUUCGCCAAAAAUUUGUAUUUUGAAAAUUUGCAAAUCAGCUAUAUGAUCGAGAAAACCGUACCAGAAGUGGAUCUUGACAUGACUGAUAGCCCAAUAAUUUGCAACACAUGUUACAAUAUGUUAUGGUAUACCUACCUCUUCAAACUGAGAUGCUUCCAAACCGAAGAGAAGAUAUUCAUGUAUGUGGAAAAGAACAAGUUGAAUCUUGGGGACAAAAUAGAUAUUGAGAAAAUACAGGAUGCUGAAGAUGCUGUCGAAGAAUUAGCUAUAAGUUAUGAUGUUGCUACAACUUCUGAAGAAAAUAGAACAAUACCAGAUUUGAUAUGCAUAAGCGAUCCGGAAUCUGAGGAGGAUGAUGAUGAUUAUCCUGAUGGAAAAGAAGAAGCAGGAAAAAGGAACGAAGAAGAUGGUAAUGAUGAAGAUUUCUCCAACAUAUCUGAUACAUUGAAUAGAAAUUCUACAGUCGAUCAAAUAAAGCCGUUCGCUUGUCAACAAUGCGAUUACAAGGGCAGUCGAUUCGACCUCCUGAAGAGACACAUGAGAAAAUGCCGUGCAAAAAAAGUGAUGAGAAUCCACAACUGUCAUACCUGCCUGUAUUCGACGUUUCGGAAGAGGAAUCUGAGGAGGCACGAAUUGGUGCAUGGCGAGGCUCGACCAUUUAUUUGCGGUAUAUGCGAGCGGGGAUUCACAGGAAGAUCCAUCCUCAAGGAUCACAUGUACAAACAUUCAAGUAAACCUCUACCUUUCAAGUGCGGAGAAGUAGGGUGCAAAGCAGCUUUCGCGAGAAAAUGCGACUUGUCAGUUCAUAUAGUCUCCCACAUGAGCUACAGCCCGAAUAUGUGCCAAGAGUGCAACAAAGCUUUCCUCACCAAAGAGCAGCUGGAAAAACACAAGAAAAAAUAUCAACAUUGAGAAAUUAGUUAUAUGACUAUCGCGGAUUAUAGAGAGAUGAAGUUAUUUGUUUACUUAACCAAAGUUGAUUCCACCUUGUUAGAUAAAAUUCUUGAUUUUAUGUUUUGAUAUAUUUGAGUAUAUUUAUACCACCUGUUAUUCAUCCACAGGGUAUGAGAUAAUGUGAUUCAUAUAUGGAGAACUAAAAGUAACAUGAUGCUUACAGGGCCGGAUUAAGACCACUUGGUGCUCAUGACCCAAUAUAUUUUUCCGCCGCCUUCACAUUACAGAAAUAUGAAAAUGGAAAAUAGAAAAUAUCAUUCUUUUAGAAUUGUCUUCUCAUUAUAGUAUUGACACAUCUCAGUGACAGAUAUUGAAAAGGGUGUUUUCAGAGGGUGGGUAAUUAUUUUUUGUUGUAUUCGUUUUGGUGAAAAAAUAAGAGCAUUUGAUAAAGCGCAGAAAAUUUCAUAAACAAGGUAUUCCUAUAAAAAUACGAAAAAUCUAACCGUUUUCGAGAUAUUUGAGUUUUUGGAGUCACAUGAUACCAGCAGAUCAACUCAUCGCCAACAAUAUUUUAAGCGGCCAUGACCCAUUUUCUUCCUAAUUUUGACGUUCAACAUCAACAUUGUUAAUGUUGAUCUUCUUGUAUGUUUUUUUCUUGUGGAAAGUUAUAUUAUUCCUGCGAUUUUCAACAUGGGAUUUUGAAAAAUGGCAGGUUAUUAUGCAGAGACGUUCUCCUCUCGACAUAUUCCAAAUUCUAGAACUAUUUUGAGGAUUUUGCGAAGUUGCGUGAAAAAUAAUGUUUCAAAACGAAAAAUAUAGAUAGUGGCCGGCCAAGUAGUUCGAGGCCUCCUUAAAUAUUGUUACUGAAGAAUUUAUCAGAUAUCAUGUCACUACAAAAAUAUCUCGAAAACGGUUAAAUCUUUUGUAUCUUGAUAAAAGUACCAUUUUUUUUCGCUUUAUCAAAUGCUUCUGUUCUUUUUAUCAAAAAGAAUAGAAGUAAAAAUCAUGACCCAUCCACUGAAGACCUCUUUUAUAAAAAAAUAAGAAAUGUAAAAGUGUAUCAGGAAAAUGAAUUUUAUCAACAUACAUUUAUGCAGGGAAUUUCAAUCUCCCUCAAUAUACAUUUUGAUCAAACUAUACUCAUUUAAGUUUGCAUUCAAAUGUGCAUUUUGUGAAUUUCAGUUCUGGACAUCCAAACCUUGAAAUUUGUAAAGUUUCAGAACUUCUGGACUUGCCAGGCAAAGAUCCAGAAGCCUCACAAGAAUGAACUUUUCGAAUUAUUAGAAUUAUGCAAUUUUCAUUUCACCAUAAUAUACAGGGUAUGUCACAACGAGCUUAUAUACACUUGCUUAUAUCGAGUAUCAGUCGAGAGAAAUGAUUCUCGGUAUAGGGAUAGUGUAAGCUCGUCAUGACAUACCCUGUAUGUAGAUUGGGUUAACUCAUGAAGAAAUACCCUGUAAGUAUUCGUGUACAUAAUCGAAAUUAGGAUUUUAUUUCAUGUACCUAGAUUGAUAGAUAACUGGAUAUCCCUUAUGUUAUAAAACUUAAGUACAUAUACCACCUGUUAUAUUUAUUAUGCUGCCUUCUUAUUCGUUAUUUUAAUAUUCUAGUACCUAUGAAAUAAAUACCUAGGUUAUGAACUUCCAAUAUUUGGUUUCACGGAUUGUUAUAUCUCCACGCAAUCUCAUGAUCGAAAAAAAUCUGAAAACACAGGUGCGUCUACCGAGUGUCCGAAAUUGGACGUGAAUUAUUAAAGAUUGGAUCACAUUCAAAUGUUUCACGUCGAUAGUCGGCUGGCUUCCAUGAUUAUUAAACGAUCAAUUAUUCA